UUGACGUCCGUCAGUGACAUUAUAUAACAUUAUAUAACAUUAUAACAAUAUAAUAUCAUAACAAUACAUCUGAACUGUUGCUGGUUGAUGUUUUAGUUCUGUUAAAAACAGAAAAAACGGUUUACUGAGAGAAGAAAUGGCGGCAGACCGAAUAAGAGCCGACGGAGACAGAGAGUCAGACGGAGACAUGGACGGAGACUCGGGUAAAGUCAGCCCGCUGGUGGGCGAGGACGAGUUCAAAGCGUCCUGUGCCAAAGAGAUGGCUCUGCUCGAUCUGAUGGAGAAGACGGGAUACAACAUGGUGCAGGAGAACGGACAGAGGAAGUAUGGUGGACCGCCGCCAGGCUGGGAGGGCCCGCCCCCGCCGCGGGGCUGCGAGGUGUUUGUGGGGAAGAUCCCCAGAGACCUGUACGAAGACGAGCUGGUCCCUCUGUUCGAGAGAGCCGGCAGGAUCUACGAGUUCAGACUGAUGAUGGAGUUCAGUGGGGAGAACCGCGGCUACGCCUUCGUCAUGUACACCAACAGAGAGGCGGCGCAGAGAGCCAUCCAGAUGUUGGACAACUCCGAGAUCCGUCCGGGGAAGUUCAUCGGCGUGUGCGUGAGUCUGGACAACUGCCGCCUCUUCAUCGGCUCCAUCCCUAAAGACAAGAGGAAGGACGAGAUCAUGGAGGAAAUGACGAAGGUGACAGAUGGCGUGGUGGAUGUGAUCGUGUAUCCCAGCUCCGUAGAUAAGAGCAGAAACCGAGGCUUUGCCUUCGUCGAGUAUGAAUCCCACAAAGCGGCAGCCAUGGCCCGGAGGAAGCUCAUACCAGGAACCUUCCAGCUGUGGGGUCACUCCAUCCAGGUGGACUGGGCCGAGCCAGAGAAAGACGUGGACGAGGAGGUCAUGCAGCGCGUCCGAGUCCUUUAUGUGCGUAACCUGAUGCUGAGCACCAGCGAAGAAACUCUCCGUCAGGAGUUCUCCCGCUUCAAACCGGGCUCCGUGGAGCGCGUCAAGAAGCUCACCGACUACGCCUUCGUUCACUACCGCUGCCGCGACGACGCCGUCACCGCGCUGAGCCUCAUGAACGGAGCCCAGAUCGACGGAUCCAGUGUGGAGGUGACGUUGGCCAAACCGGCUGGGAUCAGAGAGGGGAGCGUGGCCGGGGGGAGGAGGUACAACAGCAGGGGAUACCUGGGAAACAACCCAGCUGCAGGAGGAGGAGGAGGAGGAGGAGGAGGAGGUGGAGGGAACGGGACGUUUUACCUACACAGGAGCGAUGGAGGGAUGAUGGGAGGAGCUGUAGACGCAUGCUCCCCACUGAGAACAGUGCCCCUGCCGCCACGCCUGGGGAGCCCCUUCUACACAGGAGCAGAGGACUCGGACCGCUGUAUGCUCCCCCUGUUUCCCGGCACUCCCCUCUCCCCGACCAGCCUGCUGUCUCUGAAGCAGGGUCAGAUCGGCUCCGCCGUCAGUCUGCUCGACUUUUACUGCUGCAAAAGCCACUGGUCGCAGCCCGAGUACCACCUGUACUCCACACCUGGACACGACGGGAAGCCGCUGCUGCUGUACAAGGUGGUGAUCCCGUCAACACGAAGCACCUACCUCCCAGACAAGCUGUGUGUGAUGCUGGAUGAUGCCAAAGAGCUGGCUGCACAGACGACCCUGUGGAACCUGGACUCGUCCUUCCUGAGCGCAGCUUCCUGUGAUUCUCCCAGCAGCCCCUCUCCUCCGCUCGCCGCCGCCCCCCCCUCCGCCACCAGUCCUGGGUUGCUGACCUGCGGCGGCAGAGCCUUCACCACCUGCCUCCCUCCACCUCCUCCGCCGCCCUCCCCCUUCACCCUCUCUCCCCUCUCCUCUCUGUCCACGCUCAGCCCUCCGGCCUCCCAAACACAGAGGCUCUACUUCAGCUCCCAGUCGCCUUUCUACUGACGGAGGCCUUUUCUCAUCUGAGACUCAGCAGUGAGGGCAAGAAGGUCCGAGGGCAAGAAGGAGAAAAAGGCAGGACAUGUCUUCAUUAUUAUGAUUACCGCAUAUUUCCCAACAGUGUUUUUAUCGGCACAGACAAACUUGUUCAUGUCCUCCAUCUGUUUGUUUCAUUCCUCCCUCUGUUUUUAAUCUCCGUCUGAGUCGAGGGGAGGGAGAGACCGAUCGGCCGCUCAGCUUCUUCUCUCUAUCUCUACCUCUGAUUUAGAAACUCAAAGAGAGAACUGUUUAGAUUUAACAAAACGGGACAAAUCCAGCUGAUAAAAUGUCUCCUCUCGACCUCUGUUAAAUGUCAGUGUCAGCCUCCUCCUCCUCCUCCUCUCUGCUUCACCUUAAAGUACCCAUAAUGCCCCAGCAGGGACACAGGUAUCACAUCCACACUUUGUUUUUAUCGGGACGCACCGAUCCGACUUUUUCAGAUCCGAUACCAGAGUUUAAUUAAUCAGCUGUAUGCCUCGCUGUGUGGAUGUGACUUCUGUUAUAUGUAAGGCAAC